AUGGAAAAAACUAAAGCACCUCGCUGGUAUUUAGCAUAUAAACACUAUUACGAUAUAAUAACAAUUCGCCACACACCGGAAUCGAACUGGCAACCUUCAGCAGAAGUACAACAGUUCCUGGCCAUGCAUACAAGCAUUUUAUUAAUUCAAAUACAACCUCCAAGGUGUUAUCAUUCCAGUUCUAGGUCCUUACUCCUCGGUCAGCGCGCGGCGCGGUCACCUCGCGCCCGAGCGCGGUGGAGCGGCGACUUUACCUCGCCGAUGCGACUUGGC